AUGAUUAUUUCGAGUGAUUUAAAAUUAUUUUUCACCACCCUAUUCUUCAGAAAAAAAGUAACGAGCAGCGAGAAUAUGGAAAAAAAGAGGACUAAAGCUAAGCGUGAAGAUUAUCGUCCAUUAGAAACAAAGGAACAGUCUAAGAAAGGAAUUGUAUUCAACAGGAAGUCAAAAAAUAAAAAGAAUAAAAAGGGACAGCAUGUUACGAAAGAGGUCCCGUUUGUGUCUCCGUUUACAGGAGAACAUGCAAUUUUCGCUGUACCGCUUUCUUUGGCUGUCUUACGAAUGGGUUCUCAUGAUGGAAUUCCACUACCAGUUGUUGUAAGGCAGUGCAUCGAUUACAUUAAUGAAAAAGGACUGUGUGUCGAAGGAAUUCAUCGGAUUUCUGCGCCAAAAGCAAAUUUGGAUAAACUUGAAGAAGCAGUAAAUUCGAGACAUUCCAUUGAGCUAAAAGAUGUACACGAUGCCUCGGGGUUACUGAAAAGAUUUCUGCGACAGCUUCCUGAGCAUAUCCUAACUAAUGAAAAACGACCAGUAUUUGAAAAAAUUGCUUCAAAUUGUCCAUGCGGAACGUUGUCACCAUGUCGCUGUUUGGUAGCAGAUAUGUUGAAAGCACAACUGAUUUCGCUACCAGAAGAAAAUUAUAUGUUAUUAGCAUAUAUAUUCAUACAUUCUCAAAUGAUACUGCAAAAUAGUGGCAAAAAUAAAAUGGGUAUGGCUGCACUUGGUUUGAUCCUGCAAGCCACGCUCAAUGUAUCACAAGCUGUUGUUCGAAUAUUCCUGCUUAACGCUUCCGAUGUCAUUCUAAUGAAAUAUCAUUCUCCUUCUAUGGUAUAUCUAUUCAAAGAUGUUCAAAUUAAACAGUAA